AUGCUCAGCACAGCAGCCCACGUGGACAGGCAGCACCCAGGGCUGACAGCACCUGGAAUGGCUCCCAGUAACACUCUCAUGAUCCACAUGGAUGAGAAACUGCUGCCAAAAGAGAAGAAUAAACUCAGAAAGCCGGUGGUGGAGAAAAUGCGCCGUGACCGGAUUAACAGCAGCAUUGAGCAGCUGAAGCUGCUCUUGGAGAAGGAGUUCCAGAGACACCAACCCAACUCCAAGCUGGAGAAAGCCGAUGUCCUGGAGGUGGCCGUCAGCUACCUGAAGCAGCAGAGCCAGCUGCAGGAGCCAGCAUUCAUUCACAAGAACCCAGAGCAGGACUUCAACAGCGGAUACCUGCGGUGCCUAAAGGAAGCGAUGCAUUUUCUAUCCUACUAUGAACCCAGGAAGGAGACUCAGGCCCAGCUGCUCAAGCACUUCUGCAAAGCUCAGAUGGGUGCAGACAUCACACGCUCUCCUGCCACACGCAGUGCACCUCGCUCACCCUGUGUGUUUGCCAGAAAGCAGCCUGCCCAGAAAACUGCCCAGAAAACUGCAGCAGCAGCUCAUACCAUCUGGAGACCCUGGUAGACCUACUGAUGAACUUUGCUUUAUUCCUAUGUUUUGCUAAAAAAAAAAGAAAAAAAAAUAGAGGGACUUGUGAUUUAACGAUCCCUCUUCAAAGUAGGAAACAUUGCUUUCCAAAGGUGGGAGGGGGAAGGCUUUGUUUUUCUGUUGUGAGAAAUGAAGGUCGCUGAGUAGUUUCCCUUCACACUGAAGGACUGUGUAUCUCGCAGCAGAUCUGCUGCUCCUGCCGGUGGCUCGGAGCCGAGAGAAGGCUGAGCUCUGCAGCAACCUGGAGCCAAAGCCCUUCGCUUCCACCUCACCUCCUGGCUGCUGAGCCCGGGCUGUCAGUGGAAAUCUCUCUAUGAACUCCCUGGGUCACUGGUUCAAGUGCUGCAUUGUCUGCAGACAAUGUCCCGACCUUCGCAAAGAAGGAGCACUUCUGAGAAUGUACUUUGUAUCAUAAAGCCAGCAUUGAGCUCUCCUGAGUGAAAGAUGUUAUUCAGAAUCACUGAUGCUUCUGAAGUUCCUAUGCUAUUCAUAGCACAAUUCCUUACAGAUCGUUAUUAUGAUAACAGAU